CCUCAAUUCCAACACCAACCUCAACAAUCCAUCCCACCAGCAAUCCGUUUACCACUCUGACUUUUUGCUUCUCGAUCACUCUCUAGGAAGUGGUCCAUCAAUACCGCCAAAACGUUUUCCAAUCUUCUUCCAUCGUCGCACCACCCGUUCAACGGAAGCCGACGCUCAUCCGCUCGUGGAGGAGCAUCGGAUUUGCCUCUCGUUCGAUAAAUCAAGAAAGCGCUUGACUGUCCUUUGAAGCUCGAGGUUUCUACUUCUGCUUCUAUUUCCACUUUCAAUUUCUUCCCGAUCAAUCAAUCGCUUCUCAAUCCCGUGCCAAAUUUUCGUUCUUGAAAAGUCAACAUGGCCCCUCACGCUGAAGAGAAAGCUAAAGACUCCUUGAACGGGUCGGUGUCCACUUCUACCCCUUCGCUUUUCACUGUAGACUCGCCCAAUGUCGUCUACACUGACGAGGAAAUCAAAACUAGGUAUGUAUACCAUACCACUGCCGUCACUCGUACCGCAGAUGGUAAGUAUGUUGCCGCUCCCAAGGAAUCUGCCUACGAUUUCAAGGUCGGCCGUAAGGUUGGCAAGGUGGGCAUGAUGCUUGUCGGAUGGGGUGGGAACAACGGUACUACCGUCACCGCCGGUAUCCUUGCCAACCGCCGUGGCCUCGUCUGGGACACUCGCGAGGGCAAACGUGCUGCCAACUACUAUGGCUCUGUCGUCAUGGGUUCCACCGUCAAGCUGGGUACCGACCCGGAAACCGCUGAAGAGGUCAAUGUUCCCUUCCACGACAUGUUGCCCAUGGUCCAUCCCAAUGAUUUAGUCAUUGGAGGCUGGGAUAUCAGCGGUAUGAACCUUGCCGAUGCCAUGGACCGUGCUCAAGUUCUAGAGCCGUCCCUGAAAGAGAUGGUCCGCAAGGAGAUGGCGGAAAUGAGGCCUCUCCCAAGUAUUUACUACCCGGACUUCAUUGCCGCCAACCAGGAGGAUCGUGCCGAUAACAUUGUUGAGGGUUCCAAUGCCUCAUGGGCUCAUGUUGAGAAGAUUCAGAAGGAUAUCCGUGAAUUCAAGGCUUCCAAUGGGUUGGAUAAGGUCAUCGUCAUGUGGACCGCCAAUACUGAGCGUUAUGCCGACGUACUCGCAGGAGUGAAUGACACUGCAGACAAUCUUCUCAAUGCUAUCAAGAAUGGCCACGAGGAAGUUUCCCCAUCGACUGUGUUUGCGAUUGCAUCUAUCUUGGAAAAUGCGCCCUUCAUCAACGGCUCCCCACAGAACACCUUUGUUCCAGGGGUCAUUAAACUUGCGGAGCAGCGCGGUGCCUUCAUUGGUGGAGAUGACUUCAAAUCUGGUCAGACCAAGAUGAAAUCCGCACUCGUUGAUUUCUUGAUCAACGCUGGCAUCAAACUCACUUCGAUUGCUUCUUACAACCAUUUGGGUAACAACGACGGGAAAAAUCUAAGCUCCCACAAGCAGUUUCGCUCCAAGGAGAUCUCCAAGUCCAACGUCGUUGACGACAUGGUUGCUGCCAACACUGUUCUGUACAAGAAGGACGAGCACCCCAACCACACCGUCGUGAUCAAGUACAUGCCAGCUGUCGGAGACAACAAGCGUGCCCUCGACGAAUACUACGCUGAGAUCUUCAUGGGUGGCCACCAGACCAUCAGCAUGUUCAACGUUUGCGAAGACUCUCUACUUGCUUCCCCGCUGAUCAUUGAUCUGGUCCUCAUUGCCGAGCUUAUGACUCGUGUUAGCUGGAAGCCUGCUUCUGGCGAUAAGUACAAGGGCUUCCACAGCGUCCUCAGCGUCCUCAGCUAUAUGCUUAAGGCCCCUUUGACUCCGCCAGGAACUCCCGUCGUCAACUCUUUGGGCAAACAGCGCGCCGCUGUUACCAACAUUUUCCGCGCCUGCCUUGGUUUGCAGCCAGAGUCUGACAUGACUCUUGAACACAAGCUCCUCUAGGCUCGCUCCAGCAUCCCUCCGCAUUAAUUAAUCACUGGUUUCCAGUCCUCCGGAUCAACAAAAGUCCCAUUUCUUUGAGAUAGUAAUGGUGGAUUGAAUUGCUGGGAACGAAUCAAUAGCAAUUAAUUUCACGGGGUUGAUUGGAACUUUAUUUUCAAUGAUGUACUGAGGGUAGCGGCGUGCUUUUGCUUCUGUGGUUUCCUUUCCUUUCUCCGACCAAAUUGCAAAACAUCUCGGUUUCUACUUUGCUUUUUUUUUUUUUAAAAAAAAAAAAUAGUCUCUUGCUGGGCCAACACACACUCCUUUGAUUUACGCUGUAGCUAGCCUAGUGAUAACUGAUACCUACAUAGGUAUGUAUGUAUCGAUCUAAUAACUAGUGCAAUGAUUAAGUACAGUACAUGCCUG